CUGACGUAGCCGUAGUUGAGAAUUCGUUCGAUGCAGUUCAGUGUUUGUUCCAUUAGAUAUUACUUUCGAAUAAAAAUCAUGGACAGAAUCCUAGCAGUUUCCGCAAUUUUCUUCACAUUUAUAAACGGAUUAAGUGCAACAAUCCCUAUUCCUGACCAUAGAAUAGUUGGAGGAAAAAAUGCAAGUAUUCUGGACUAUCCCUACCAAGUCUCUGUUAAGAAAUCGAAUAGUCACAUCUGUGGAGGAUCAAUCUUCCAUACGUUAUAUAUUUUAACAGCAGCUCACUGUGUUGAAAAUGGAGUUGCUUCCCAAUAUUCCAUAAGAGCCGGCAGUAGCUUUGUCAGCACAGGAGGAAAGAAGGUCAAAGUCUGUCAGAUCAUAGCCAAAGAAGAUUAUAAUUUUGAUACUCUGGACAAUGAUAUUGCAAUAUUGAAGCUCUGCAGUCCUUUGGUAUUUUCGGACAAAAUCCUACCGGUAGCGUUGCCAGAGGCUGGAGAGGGCCUUGCGGUGGGUUCGCGAGCUCUUGUUUCAGGAUGGGGUUACGAAGCGGAAAACGGCUUUAUACCCUCAGAUUUGAAACAGGUCGAACUACCCAUCGUUUCACCCAGUGACUGCCAAAAUGCAUACGCUAAAUUCGGGGAUAUUUCCAACAACAUGAUCUGCGCUGGAUUCAUUCAAACUGGAGGAAAAGAUGCUUGUCAGGGGGACUCUGGGGGACCUCUAAGGGCUAAUGGAAAGCUGAUGGGAGUCGUUUCAUGGGGCUUCGGCUGCGCGAGACCACACUACCCUGGUGUCUAUACGAAAGUCGCCAACUACAGAAACUGGAUAAAAAGCGUAACCAAUUAUUAGCCAAUUUAUGUACACUAUUUGUGAAUUAAUUUUCUAAUAAAGAGAAUAUUUAUAUUUCAUUAGUA